AACCUCAACCAGGACCAGCACCGGCAGGAGCUGGUGAACUGGGUGGACAAGGUUGGCGGCAAAGGGCCCGCUACCACGUUCGACUUCACCACCAAGGGCAUCCUCAACGUGGCCGUGGAGGGCGAGCUGUGGCGGCUGCACGGCACAGACGGUAAGGCGCCAGGCAUGAUCGGGUGGUGGCCAGCCAAGGCGGUGACCUUUGUGGACAACCACGACACCGGCUCCACGCAGCACAUGUGGCCCUUCCCUUCUGACAGGGUCAUGCAGGGAUAUGCCUACAUCCUCACGCACCCAGGGACGCCAUGCAUCUUCUACGAUCAUUUCUUCGACUGGGGCCUGAAGGAGGAGAUCGAUCGCCUGGUGUCGGUCAGGACCCGGCACGGGAUACACAACGAGAGCAAGCUGCAAAUCAUAGAGGCCGACGCCGACCUUUAUCUCGCCGAGAUCGACGGCAAGGUCAUCGUCAAGCUCGGGCCAAGAUACGAUGUGGGGAACCUCAUUCCGGGAGGCUUCAAGGUGGCCGCGCACGGCAAUGACUAUGCCGUAUGGGAGAAAAUAUGAGCAAAAUUGCGAGAGCAGCUCUACAAGUUCCUAUAUGAUACAUAUUAGUCCGAGCUCACGCUGUUUACAUAGUACAAUUUAAUACUUCCUCCAUGUAAAAGUGAGGAUGAGGGACAUGCAUUGUAUUUUUGAUAAAAUAAUGAUUUAUAAGGAUUUUCGC